AUGGGGGCAAGGGUGCUGGGGGGGCUAGUGGGGGCGGUGGAGGUGGUGGUGGAGGCAGUGGAGGGGGUUGGGGGUGGUGGUGGGAGUGGUGGCGGGGCUGGAGGUGUCGGUGGCAGCACUGGAGGCGGAGGAGACGGCGGGGGUGGCGGAGGGAGCGGAGGCGGUGGCGGUGGCGGAGGCGGCGGAGGUGGCGGAGGCGGUGGAGGUGGCGGUGGAGCUGGUCGCAGCUCUGCGCAAAGGAGUGGCUCUGGUGGUGGUCCGUGCCAGCAGCAGCAGCGCGGUCGUGAGACCCUGUCCUCUCAGCAGCUUCGUGAGUGGUACGCUGGGCGUGAGCGGGGUGGGGGUAUUGGUCCCUGCAACUACGUCCUCCGUACAGGCGACCGCGCUGGUGAGCAGUGCGGGGGCACGCACUCCACCCAGCGUGUCCUUACCUUUGAUACUGAGGGUCGUGCUGUUGACUUUGAGGUCUGGGUCGAUGACCUCCAGCUGUUCUUACAGUGCGAUAGGGCGGAUGGACUCUCACUGUUCGAUCUCUCCUCUGGUGUCUCUCCUGCCCCGCCUGCUACUUCUGACAGCACUGUUUGCUCACAGUGGGCCACGCGCGAUGCUGCUGCACGUCUUGCUGUGCGUCCCCACUUAUCGACCACUGAGCGUGCGCACUUUAGCCAGUACAAGAGUGCUAAGACCUUGUACGACGCUGUAGCUGCACGCUACUCCUCCCCUGCCACUGCUGCGCUUAGCCGCCUCAUACUGCCGUACCUGUUCCCUGACCUUGGUGCCUUUCCCACAGUCGCUGACCUCAUUACGCACCUUCGCACUAGUGACACUCGCUACUGCGCUGCGCUUCCCGCUGAGUUCUGUGCCAAGAACCCCCCCCCCAUGUACAUCUCCCUCUACUACAUAGUCACCCGGCUCCCUGACUCCCUUCGCUUAGUCAGGGACCACUUCCUCUCAAUUUGCCCCACCACACUCACCGUUGACCUCCUCGAGGAGCGCCUCCUAGCAGCAGAGAAGAGCAUAGUCGCUGUAGGAGCCUCUCGUGGUGACCCUCGCACCCCCGUCUUUGAGGGGUGUUCUCCCUCCCCACUCUUGCCCUCUGUUGCUUCUGCUGCUGCGGCCGACCUCGUUGGUUUCGAGUCGGUCGGUGCUGCGUCUGUCCCUAGCGGGGGAAGCGCCGCACCGGCAAGGGCAAGGGGGGCAAGGGUGCUGGGGGGGCCAGUGGGGGCGGUGGAGGUGGUGGUGGAGGCAGUGGAGGGGGUUGGGGGUGGUGGUGGGAGUGGUGGCGGGGCUGGAGGUGUCGGUGGCAGCACUGGAGGCGGAGGAGACGGCGGGGGUGGCGGAGGGAGCGGAGGCGGUGGCGGUGGCGGAGGCGGCGGAGGUGGCGGAGGCGGUGGAGGUGGCGGUGGAGCUGGUCGCAGCUCUGCGCAAAGGAGUGGCUCUGGUGGUGGUCCGCGCCAGCAGCAGCAGCGCGGUCGUGAGACCCUGUCCUCUCAGCAGCUUCGUGAGUGGUACGCUGGGCGUGAGCGGGGUGGGGGUACUGGUCCCUGCACCUACGUCCUCCGUACAGGCGAUCGCGCUGGUGAGCAGUGCGGGGGCACGCACUCCACCCAGCGGUGCUUUGGCCGCCUGAUGGACGCUUGGCGUCAUCAGUUCCCUAACGCCACUGAGAUCCCUCGCUAG